AUGGUCGCCUCACUCGUCCCGACUCUGCGGAGCUCCCUCUGGGCAGUGGCCGCGCCUCUUGGCCUCUAUGCCCUCUUCAUCGGCCUGGGCGCGACACCCUUCUUCCAGAGACACUUUCUCUAUGCUCAUAAGGUGAACACACUGUCCUGGACUGAUGUAAACGAGCCUGAGAGAUGGGGAUUCGCCAGAAAUCAAGUGACGCCGUUCAAGCUCAACACCAGUGACGGGGAGAGGCUCUAUGCCUGGCACCUCCUGCCGCUCCCCCUGUAUUUGCAGAACGAGGCUAGCCUGGCUGCUCGGGUGCCAGGCUUUGCCGACGAGGUUACCACUACCGAGUCGUUCCGACUUCUGAAGCAUGAUCCUGAGGCUAGAUUAGUAUUGUAUUGUAAGAGAUGUCGAUCUGCGGCUCGUAAAUCGUCACACGUCGCUAACCCUCGACAGUUCACGGGACAGAAUGCAGGUCAUAUCGCGCAAGCGUUUCGCCCAUCCAGCUAUCACACCCUAACUGAUACAUCAUCUUAUCACGUAUUGGCCGUCGAUUAUCGCGGUUUUGGCCACUCCACCGGCGUCCCCAGUGAGAGCGGCUUGAUCGAGGAUGGCUCAACACUCGUGGAGUGGGCUAUCAAUGUUGCCGGUGUGCCACCAGAGCGGAUUGUACUCCUGGGACAAAGUCUUGGCACCGCAGUUGUCAGCGGUGUUGCUGAGAGGUACGCGCUGAAGGGCGUCGAGUUCGCCGGCAUCGUUCUUGUCGCUGGGUUCAGUGAUUUGACGAGUAUGCUGAGCGAAUACCGCAUCCAUGGACUGGUCCCAGUGCUCGCACCCUUCCGCAACUGGCAACCACUGCUGCAGCUUUUGCACAAAUGCGUAGUUGAUAAGUGGCACUCAGCAAACAGGCUCUCUACAAUCGUCCAGAAUACCAAGUCUAGACUCCGGCUCAAUUUGGUUCACUCCUUUGAUGACCCAGACAUUCCGUGGACAGAGGACAACAAACUAUUCAAGGCUGCGGUCCAAGGAAGGGAGAACAUCACAGAUGAUGCGGAAUUCGAGACCUGGAAACAGGAAAGAACCAAUCAAAUCAGCCAGAAUGCGUUCAGAACGACCUGGAAAGCCAGUCCCAACAUCAUGGUUCACCAGGAGCUUUUCCCUUAUGGCGGCCACAAUAACAUUAUGGGAUCUGCUCCUGUUACACUCGCAAUCAUGCGGUCCUUUGAGCUCCAUGGUACCACCUAUGCCUCGUAA